CUUAUCUCCUCCUGAAGUAUCAUAUUCUUUUUUUUUUCUUUUUUCAAAGUCGUGGUUCUACUCCCUUCUUGAGUUAAGCUGUUGGCACACUCAAAAUACCAGGAUCUGAGGAGUCCAGACAGAAGGCCUAACGUGAGACAGACUGGCGGUCUAAUUUUCCAGCCAAAUGCAAACACUCUAAAUGGCCUCUCCCCAUGGGACCUUAAUUCGCCGCCAUACAUCCUCACUUAACAGAUAAGGUUCCCUAGGUUCCGAGAAAUUUGGGUCUUCAUGGCAUCAAUUCCUUCGGCAUCCUUCUUUUCCUUGCCCCUACCCCACUGGCAGCAACCUCAAAGUGUGCGGGUAGCUAAAUAUGAGACCAAGAAGCGCAAGAAAAGCUUCGAUGACUGGGGAGACAACGAUGACGACCUAGAAGGAGAAACCACUGAUGCUGCCUCGGAGGCUGCGCCUCCAGCGCCAUCUCUCACUUUAUCGCCCGACGAGGCUCAUCAAUACCGCGUGGCGGGUUUGUCUUUCGACCAAGAACUACCGGGAGGCAAGUUUCCGCAUGCCCCCGCACGACCUCAAUCUUCCGUACGGCAGACGCGGCAAGGGGUACUUGAAGAGUUAUCCUCUCUAUCGUCUCCAAUCUACCCGCCGCAAUCUGCGGCUCAUCAGGGGAAUCUCCGUCUACAGCACCUUGCCGUACUGACAUCCAUACUGCAUCGCUGUCUUCUGCAGAAGGACUAUAUUCGUGCCGGAAGGGCAUGGGGACUACUUCUCCGUGAGGAGUUCAAUGGAAGAACCAUCGAUGCACGUACCGAAGGGAGAUGGGGCAUUGGUGCGGAAAUCCUGCUCCGGCGCGGCCGUCAAAUCGCAGACAUGGCUACCGAAAAUGGCGGCGACAGCGGCGCUACUCAAUCGCCAGUAUUUACCAGAAAGGGCUUUGAGGAUGCCAAAAAAUAUUAUGAGAGGCUGAUCAUCCAACAUCCAUACCGGAAAGCUUCGCCAGACUCCAUCAGCUCGCUGCAUUUCUACCCUGCCAUGUUUGGCCUCUGGAUUUAUGUGACCCAGGAGGAGAGCGAAGUCAGUCGACGCAACAUCUGGGCUCGUCACGCGGAUGAGUACGGAGAGCAUUCAGAGGAUGAAGAUCUUACAUCCGAUCACGAAGGCCAUCGUGAUUCCAAGCAAAGGGCCCACGCGCUUGUUGCCGGUGUACGUAAGGUCGAACUAGACCAGGCACAGAAAAUUGCAGGCAGAAUGGAUGAGAUUCUUGGCUCCCCUCCCUAUUCGGAUUCUCCGGAACUGCUGGAGUUGAGGGGGAUGGUAUCCCGCUGGAUCGCCGACCUGUUUGUGUCAUCCGUGCCUGGUGGGCAGACCGAGCACGAUUACUACACCGAUGAUGAAGACCAAGACGACUCGAUACGGGAGCGUAGACUCGCGAUGGAGAAGCGAGCGUCGGAGACUCAGAAGUCGGAGGAAUUUUUCCAGAAAGCUCGGCAACGUGGCAAGGGAGUGACUUCCACCCUUGACGAUUUUCAUAUUGAUGACAAUGAGCUAUUAACGAUGGGCGUGGGAGACUAUGUGCAUGCCAAAGAACCCGGCGCCCAACCUCGAUCUCGCGCAAAUGAAGCUCCCAAUCUAUCUCGACAGGCUCUAGCAGCCCAAGCAAGGGUUGAGAUCCCUCCGACCAACUUGGUUGCUCCCGUACCUAUGUCGGGCAACAAAGCCAAUCCAUUGGAGCACUAUAGAGUCCCUUCUUUCCCGGUGGAGCAUCACCAGCAGCAGCCGCAGCCGGCGCAAGCAACAGCCGAGGAUGCUGCGCACAGGGAUAUGUUCGACACCGACGUGGAAGGGAUCGAUGACUCAACCAUCGCAGCAACAAGUGUUCUGGGAUUUGAGGACAUCCCGCCUCAGUACCAGUUGGCUCAGCACCAAGCCGCCGACCUGAAGCAAUUCCAACGCCAUGCUCACAUCCCGCAUCGCUCGCUCGAUGCGAAAUGGUACGAGAACUUCGGCGACAACGCCCUGAAGUCGGCUGGUUUCGACAGCGGGGACGCGGCCGACGAUGCAGAAAGCCAGUUGACCUCCGUCGUUGGGGAUGAUGAACGGUCCGAUACAACCGAGGACGCGGACUACGCUCGACGCUACAGGUCCUCCACCACGACGGCCAACGAGCCCUUGAGCAAGCGCCUACAAAACUUCUGGAGCGCCAGCCGACGCACCUAUCAAAACUCCACUGAAGAACCCCCUGCUGCAUCCGCCGUGUACCCGGAGCCGUCAAAAGCAUCCGGACCGGGAGUCCUGAGGCAAACCCACUCCGACACCAGGAUGAUGGCGGCCAGCCAGGUCCUGCCACUAGCAGGCAACAGCAGGAAGGUCACGCUCUCGCGCAGCAUGACCGCAACCCCCCGGACGCGGUUCAGCCCCCCCAAGCCCUCUCUCCUGGAACAGCUGGACUUGACGCCCACCCGCCGGACAUCCGGACCCCGGCCGCAGCCCGGCAAGGAUGUUGCAGGGAUCACUGGAAUCAAUCACUAUCAACCCCAUCAACAAAACCAUCGCGACGUGGCAGACGAGUACGGGCUGUAUGACAGUGACCUCGGAAGACGAGGCAGCCUCCCCCCAUUAAGUGCCUUCGACAUGACGAACAUCGAUGACCUCGACAACGAGCACGAUGAUGACCACGAGCACGACCACGAGCACGACCACGAUCCCAUCAACGACCCCUUCUCUCGCCGCCUGUCCGUUCAACGCAUCAGCCCCGACAAUAGCCCCGACCCGGACCCCCACCUGCAAGAUAACCACGACUCUAAAAAGCGCCAGCUCGAACCCGACUACCCGCCGGAGGUCCUGCGACAGAAAACCUUUGCAGAACUCCAAUCCGAACCCUUUGACCACAUCCCCGCGGCCACCACCACCGCCGCAGCCGCGGAAACAAAACCCGUGCCCCCAACCUCCAGCGUGGCUCCCGGUCCAGAUAGCAAUCCAGAGGAGAGGAUGUCCUACCUUCUAAACCUCAGCGACCAAGAUCGCCGGGAGUUCUUCUCGGGCCUCUCGAUGGACGCAUGGGAAGACUACGGCGACCUCCUCAUCGACCAGUUCUCCGCGACUCUAGCGAAGAUGAAAGACCUGCGGCGCGCGCGACGACAGACCGCGGCCGUCUUCGAGGCCGAGAUCAAGCGACGUCAUGAGCUCGUCGAGGAGCAAUCCGGCGAGCUAUCGCGGAAGCUCAGGGACAUGAAGAGUGGUGGGACUGAGGUUCUGCGUGGGCGUACCCCUCAAUGA